AUGGGUCUCUUCAAGAGAUCGGCACCCAAGAAGGACGUUGUUGUCGCUGCACAGGAGGAGGCGCCUCAAUUUGAGAGGGUGAGCUGGACCAAGGACCCCGGCUUGAGAAAGCUAUACUGGCAUGCUUUUGUCCUCUGUGUUGCCUCGGCCACGACUGGGUAUGAUGGCAUGUUCUUCAACAGUGUGCAAAACUUUGACACCUGGAAGAGUAAAUUCGGCGACCCUCAAGGGUCCAUGCUAGGUCUUCUCGGUGCUCUCUACCAGAUCGGCAGCGUCGCCUCCAUCGCCAUCGUCCCGUUCUUCACGGAUCGCUUUGGACGAAAAGUACCCAUCGUAAUCGGCUGUUCCAUCAUGAUCGGCGGGGCCAUCAUGCAAGGCGCGGGCAGCACGCUCGGCGUCUUCAUGGGCGGUCGGUUUUUGCUCGGUUUCGGAAACUCGUUUGCGCAGCUGUCGUCGCCCAUGCUGCUCACCGAGAUCUGCCACCCCCAGCACAGAGCCCGUCUGACAACUGUCUACAACUGUCUGUGGAAUGUGGGUGCCCUUUUCGUCUCGUGGCUCGCCUUCGGCACAGACUACCUCUUCGACGACUGGUCCUGGAGGAUUCCAGCCCUGCUCCAGGCCUUCCCCUCCAUCAUCCAGCUCACCUUUAUCUGGUUCGUGCCCGAGUCGCCCCGCUACCUGAUUGCCCAGGACAGGGCCGAGGAGGCCCUCCAGAUCCUCGGAAAAUACCAUGCCAACGGUAACACGCAGCACCCGACUGUUCAGUUCGAGUACCUUGAGAUCAAGGAGACCAUCGCCAUGGAGCUCGAGGCCAAGAAGCGGAGUAGCUACCUCGAUUUCCUCAGGACAAAGGGCAACCGGUUCCGACUGGCUGUCCUCAUCUCCCUCGGUGUGUUCUCGCAGUGGUCAGGCAACGCCAUCAUCUCCAACUACUCCAGCAUCCUGUACAGCACUGCGGGUGUCGAGGGCUCUACACAGAAGCUCGGCCUGUCCGCCGGCCAGACCACGCUCGCCCUCAUCGUCUCCGUCACCAUGGCAAUGUUUGUCGAUAAAGUCGGUCGUCGUCCCACGUUCCUCAUCUCCACGGCAGGCAUGGUCGUCACGCUCGCUGUCUGGACCCUGACCUCGGGCCUGGCCGAGGAUCACGGCGCCACCAAGGCCAACAACGCCAUGAUCGUCUUCAUCUGGAUCUUUGGUAUCUUUUACUCCGUCGCCUGGUCCGGCCUGCUCGUCGGCUAUGCUAUCGAGGUCCUUCCCUACACGCUCCGUGCCAAGGGCCUCAUGAUCAUGAACCUCUGCGUGCAAAUUGCCCUGACGCUGAAUACAUAUGCCAACCCUGUCGCCUUUGAGUUCUUCGCCCCGCAUACCUGGAAGUUCUAUCUCAUCUACACCUGCUGGGUCGGUUUCGAGCUUACCUUCGUCUACUUCAUGUACGUCGAGACCAAGGGACCUACCCUCGAGGAGCUGGCCAAGGUUAUCGACGGAGAUGAUGCCCAGGUGGCGCACUUGGACCUGCAUCAGGUUGAGAAAGAGACACAUAUCACCUCUCACGAGGAGUACCUAACUGGAAAGUCCUAG